CAAACAUCCGCUGAUCCGCAGCCAUUUCCCCGGAAAAUACAGACUUCCACUAGCAGAAAAGAGAAGAUGGGGAGCUCAUCAAACGACGAUUUCUCAGUGUUCGUCCUGGCGUCGGAUUUGGGCGUAGACGCCACUCCAUUCUUGACCAACCAGCCUAAACAAAGAUCCGGCCAAGGAGAUGACGAAGAAACCGACGAGAACUGGCAAGAUUGCUCGCAGUACCUCGUCUCCGACGAAGAUUUCUCCGACCUCGAUCUCCUCCAGUUCUUCUCCCUCCAGGGCUCCGACCGCUCCGGGAGUCGCAUCUUCCGCAUCGUCGGCAAGCACUUCCCGGCUCAAGUUGUGAGUGCAGAGAGGCUGAAGAAGUACAUUUUCCACAAAAUAUGCAGCGAGUUGCCUGAAGGACGAUUCUGUAUCGUUUACAUGCACAGCACGGUACAGAAGGACGACAACUCCCCGGGGAUAACAGUUCUGAGGUGGAUAUACGAGGAGCUUCCUGGGAACUUCAAGGACAGACUCCAAACUGUGUACUUCAUCCACCCCGGUCUCAGGUCAAGGCUUGCAAUCGCCACCCUUGGUCGACUCUUCUUAAGUGGAGGCUUGUAUUGGAAGAUCAAAUAUGUGAGCCGCCUCCAGUAUCUGUGGGCAGACAUUAAGAAAGGGGAACUCGAGGUCCCUGAUUUCGUGCAAGAUCAUGAUGAUGUGCUCGAGGAUAGGCCUCUGACGGAUUAUGGGAUCGAGCCAGACCCGUUUCAUCUCAGUGCAGCGACUGCCAACCCUAUCUCCUUGGGGAGAUACGAAGAGCGAUGGGCGUCAAGGGAAUUUGCCCUUUAAGUUGUUUCGGGGUCUUAUUGUGUGCGCCGAAACUGUAAAUAUCAAGUGUGUUUCCUUGCGUUGGUGUACCGUGUUGAAGAAGUUAUAAGCUACUGUUUAGCUGCUCUUUAUGUAACAGUCAAACUCUGUUCAAUGUAUGAGUUCUUUACGUUAAUGUGUGGUAUAUAAUUCAAGAUUGAACCUCUCAACAACUCGAAUUAUUG